UGAGGAGAGGGGACGGGUAGAGAGCGAGCGAGCGAGCGUGCGAGCGAGAGAGAGAGAUGGAAGCGGUAGGCGUGUUUGGAGGAGCGAGUCCGUCUCUUGUUUCAGCGUCGUCCACUGUUCGCUCUUCAACGGAGAGAAGUCGGUUCUUAUCCUGCUCCUCCUCUUACAACAGCACUCUUAAACUGCGCAUUACCAGCUUAUCAGCACUCUCUUCGUCGUCCCAUCUUUUCUCGUAUUCCCAACCAUGUCCUCUCCGCCGCAAGUCCGCCAAACGCCAUAUCUUCCUUCCUCACCUGGUUGCUUCCAUGGAACAAGUCGAAGAGACGUAUAUAAUGGUGAAGCCUGAUGGUGUGCAGCGUGGCCUUGUAGGAGAAAUUAUCUCGAGGUUUGAGAAGAAGGGAUUUAAAUUGAUUGGCUUGAAGCUCUUUCAAUGCCCUCAAGAUUUGGCAGAGGAGCAUUAUAUAGAUCUCAAAGCCAAGUCAUUUUAUCCUAAAUUGAUUGACUACAUCACUUCAGGCCCAGUCGUGUGUAUGGCUUGGGAAGGCAUUGGUGUUGUGGCAUCAGCUCGCAAGUUGAUAGGAUCUACAAAUCCUCUUCAAGCUGAACCAGGCACAAUAAGAGGGGAUCUUGCCGUUCAAACUGGAAGGAAUGUGGUUCAUGGGAGUGAUAGCCCUGAGAAUGGAAAGCGUGAAAUCGCUCUUUGGUUUGGAGAAGGUGAAAUAUGUGAGUGGACACCAGCUCAAGCACCGUGGCUGAGGGAGUGAACUGAAGUCGGUAAUUGUACCGAGCAUGUUUUUUUUUUUUUUUUGAGUUCUCUUCCAAGCUCCUUUAUCUUAGGCUCAUUUGCAGUUUGAGGAAUUAUUAGAUGACUAAUAAGGGAAGUAUCUUGUUUGACUUGUGAUUUUCAUUUACAUAUAUAAAAGUGAACAUGUGAUCCAAUAAUAGAGUUGCAGGAGUGCAACUUAGAAGUCACAUGUUCGAUUUCGGGAAA